AUGAAUGUUUAUAAUAUUUCAUAUGAAAUUCCAAAAGUUAUCCCAUUGCAGUAUGGUGGCGUAGUUAUAUUUAACGACACAAGUAUUCUUAAUAAUAAUAAAUCAGUUCAAGUGGAAAUGUCUAACUUAAAUGUUACAAGUAAUCGUCAAAAAUUAUUUGAAGCUACUGAUGUAGCACUAGUUAAAUAUAAUGUUUUAAAUAAUAACACCGCAUGGUUUGUAUAUGGGAACAAUUCGCAUGACCGUAAACUAAUUGCGAUUGAUGUGGAACGGAUUUACAAUGAUUGUGAGUCAGAAAUUUUUAUUAAAUAA